AUGAUGUUUAUGCUCAUAUAUUUAAUGGGAUGGUCUUUUAAAAUACUGGUUGCGUCUACCGCUAACACGGAAAGCGGUAAAGUGUGUUUUACGCAUAUGAACAGCAUAGGAGGGUAUCCUAAAGAAGGUUCUUACGAAAUGGUCAAAUUGAUCUUGGAUCAAAAUUGCACACAUAUCAUGGGAAACCUAAUUCUUACUGGUCUUUACCGGAAAGCUGAUGGAUCUGAUCCGGAUUUGAGUUUUUUGAAAUCAAUUCAAGAAAUAUCUGGUUACUUGAUUAUAAUGCAUUCAAAUGUAAAUAAUAUACCACUGUCUAAUUUGCGAGUUAUACGAGCAAAUAAUGGAGGCUAUAAAAUACACGAUGAAUUAGAUUUUGCAGCCCUAAUAAUCCGAAAGAACUAUAAAGAUGGAGAAACUCUGAAGCACGUUGAUUUACAUAACUUAAAAUCUAUAGUUCGUGGUAGCGUUUAUAUAUACGAUAAUCCUGGACUUCAGUAUUUGCCGGACAGCAUCCACUGGACUGAAUUAUUUGAAAGUGUUGGAGAACAGAACUUUUACAGUCAUAAGCUGAUUCAAACAAAUAGUUAUGGAGAAAAAAAUAUCACUAUUGAUCUACAACUGUACGAACAUAAUCCACACGACAUUGAACCAGAGCCAGUAUCAGCUAGUGUGAAGUCAUCCUGUUCCAAACUUUGCCCAAAGAUAAACAACAACACAUAUUGUUGGGGUCCUUCUCCGUCAAACUGUCAAUACCAAUCUAAAUGUCAAAAUUUAUUAUGCAAUCGGUGUUUAAGAAUACGAAAUUCAUAUUCAUGCUGUCACGAACAAUGUCUUGGAGGGUGUACUGGACCUUUAGCUUCACAAUGCGUGAGUUGUAAAGAAUAUUAUAAUUCUGGCACAUGUGUUGCACACUGUCCGUCUAGAACAAUAAUUCAUGAAGGCAAGUUAAUUUCGAAUCCUGAGUUCAAGUACCGUUUAGGAAAUCUAUGCUUGUCUGUUUGUCCAGAUGGAUUCAUGGUUGAAGGUGAUGUAUGUGUGACUCAUUGCUCUACAGGUAGUAUGAGCACAGAUGGACGUGUUUGUCUUCCAUGUCAAGAUAAAUGUCCAAAAUCCUGUAAAAUCACUGAUAAGGAAACAAAAAGUGGACGUAAAAUUAGUAAUUUUGAUUUAAGAAGUUUAAAUCAAUUAAUUAACUGUACUAUACUGGAAGGUAACUUGAUCCUGACAAAAGAAUCAUUCAACCCAAGUUCUGAUCUAACCGAUCAUAUCCCAAUCACAGAUCACCGUCAAUUGUGGGCUUUACAUUCAUUAAGAGAAGUAACUGGUUACAUAUAUUUAGAUUUGGAAUUACUUGGCGAUAGUCUGAGAAAUUUUAGCUUUCUUGAAAAUCUUGUAAAAGUCAGUGGUUAUCUACCUUCUGCACGAGUGAGUAUGAUGAUUAUAAAUAGUAAGGCGUAUUUUCCUGGAUUAAGAAGCCUUCGACAGGUUCCACAUGGAAGAGUUAUAUUUCAUCAGAACCCCAACUUGUGUUAUUUAUCCUCACUGCCUUGGACGAAUUCAGCUCACACAAGUGUCUUUAGCUCACUGAACCAAACAAAUUCGAUGCAAAUUACUGUUAUUGAUGGUCCAAGUGAUAAAUAUUGUGAAUCUUUUAACUACGUGUGCCAUCCUGCAUGUAAGAAGGAGUAUGGAUGCUGGGGACCAGGACCAGAUCAGUGUGUUCGCUGUUCAUACCGUAGAGCGGGAUUACAUACAUGCGUUCAAUCAUGUAGUAACUUAACAGGAUAUAUGUCUGAACAAUGGGAAAAACAACUCCAAAUAUCUAAAAAGAAUGACUAUUUUGGCGAUUCUCUGACUAAAAAUUUUCACCUAAAUUACCAUACAGCAGAAACUGAAGAUGUUUGUAUUCCGUGUCAUCCAGAGUGCGGCAAAUCCUGUACAGGACCUGGUGCUCAUGAGUGUAUUGGAUCAUGUAAAACAGCUUGGUCAGACGGUCAGUGUGUUUCAGAAUGUCAUACAAACACUUAUCUAAAUAUGGACAGAAGAAUUUGUGAGCCAUGCCAGACACAUUGUCAUCAACGUCAGUUAACAAAACAGCCGGUAUGCACUGGUCCGGGUCGUCAUCCGGGAAGAGGAGGGUGUAAUAAAUGCGAGAAAUUUAUUGUACAAUCGCCUUUCAAUCAGAUGAAUACGGGAAUAUCAGAUUUAUCAUCCUCCCUUACAACAAUUAGCUUGCUAUGUGUCAGAGGAGAUUGUCCACCAGGAACUUAUUUGACAACUGAAGUGGUUCAACCGAACACUUUGUUCGCGAAGUACGCUGAAAUAUUCACAAGUGUUGCUGCCGUAUGUCGAUCAUGUCAUCCAAGAUGCCCAGUGUGUACAGCAUACAGCCUCCUAAGAGCUAAUGAACAACGUUUGGGUUGCAUGAAAUGUAGUGGGUUUUGGCUGAGAGAUGCUUGCGUAGAACACUGUCCUGUAGAACAAACCUACGCUAUAUGGAUUAAGACUAAUCGUAAUGUAUCCGGAAAUUCUUCAGAAAAUCACUUAAAUUUAAAAGACGUUAAUUCGAAAUACAAUGGUAUUUAUAUACGACAUUUAAAUGGACAGUGUUUAGCCUGUCAUGAGCAAUGUCAUGCUGGAUGCUGGGGUCCUGGACCAGAUCAAUGCAACCAUUGUCUUAACGUCAAAGUACCUAUCCGGUUUAUAUCUGAUAAUCUCGCUAACUUAUACGGACUGGACCAGUUUUCAGAAGAUGACCAAUCAAUUGGGGUGAACAGUCUAAAUUUACAUUUAUACCAUGGGAAAUUUAUUUGCUUACCUCAGUGUCCAAAUGAUUUAUACAACCAUAUCAUCAAUAUACCAGAAAUGGAAGGUGAAACAAUAUGUCAUCAUAGUACAUAUUUAAGUGCUAGUGAUUAUGAACUGAUAAUGCAAGACAAUGUGUAUCCAUUUCAAUACUUUAAUAAUUAUCCACUUUCAAAUAACCAUCAACAAUUGGAGCAAGGAACGUCUGCAGGAAUCAUCGGACUAAGAAAGUCUUCAUCUUACUUUUCAUCGGUUAACGGUAGUAUUAUGCAUCGUAAACUAAAAAAUGAUCCAGUAAUAUUAAUUAUGAUACCACUAUGCAUUGUAUUAAUCGUAUUUGCUGUACUAGUUUUUAUAUGCUAUCGUUAUCGUUCAAAUCAACAAUUCAUCAAAAAAUAUGAACACAGUCCACAGUUAUUGUUCAAAUCAUUGUUUUGUCCACUAUCAUUUAUUUCUAAGCGUUUUGUUUCCGAUAUAAGCAAUUAUAAAUAUAAGAAAGGUAAUCCUGUUAUAAAUUUAUCUCCUACGAAUUAUCAUUACAAGAAUAGAAAUGAUGAAAGUGGUACUGAAAUUAAUUUAAUACAAUAUCCAGGCACAGAGGAUAGUUUAUUAAGAAGAUCUAGUGUAACGGGUUCCCAUCGAUAUCCAAAUCAGAUUGUGAACGGACAGAAAGCCCCAAAUCUAGGUAGAUUGGUCAUGAUCAACCUCGAUGACUUAUGCUUAAAUGAAAAAUCGGGUCCCUUGGGGACAGGUGCAUUUGGAGCAGUCUAUCAAGGUAUUUGGAAAGUAUGCCAAACUGAUUAUCCAAACUUACCAAAUAUAAAUUAUGUGAUUACAGCAAAUAAUGAAGAGGAGUUAAUGCUUAAAGUUAAUUCACAAAGUUCCUGUUCAUUGUUGACAACUUCUACUCCAAUGAAUGAAAUGAACGUGGUGUCUACAAAUCAAAUAAAUUCUAGUAAUAUUCGAGAGAAUGAAGUGAACAAGUCAGCUACAGAGCAGUCAUCAAUCAUAAACCAGAAGAACAAUAAUACUGACGAAGAUAUCAGUCAAACUAGUAAUAGCGUUACUAUAACAUCUAAAGCAUCCACAGAGAAAUCUAAAAAGGAGUACAAACUACUAUGUGUUGCUGUUAAAAUUUUGAAUGAAGUUCGUGGGUCGAGCGAUCUUCAAGCACUACUGGACGAAGCAAAAGUUAUGGCGUCUGUCUCUCACUAUCACUGCCUCCCACUUCUUGGAAUAUGUUUAUCUCAAUCAAGAAAAUGCUUAGUUUCAGCUUACGUAGUAAAUGGAAGUCUAGAUCGUUAUCUAAGACUGCGUGCACCAAAUAUUGACUCUUUAAUUCUUUUAGACUGGGCAUCUCAGAUUGCUGAUGGAAUGGCAUACUUACAAUCCCGGGGAAUUAUCCACCGUGAUUUGGCUACUCGAAAUGUUCUAGUUACAUCACCAGAACAUCUACAAAUUACGGAUUUUGGUUUAGCAAAAAUGCUAGAAAGUGAAGAAGAAGCUAAACGUAACGAAGUAAUUGUUUGUUCUGGACGCGUUCCUAUCCGUUGGUUAGCCUGUGAAACGCUGACUCAUCGUAUUUACUCAUUCAAAACUGAUGUUUGGGCGUACGGUGUCACUAUUUGGGAGAUUUUUACAUUUGGCGACAAACCAUUUGAUCGUAUAGAAACGGCCAACGUAAAAGAUCAUGUUUUAGCAGGUGGACGUCUUCCACAACCUGAUAUAUGCACUCUCGAACUAUAUCAAGUUAUGUUAAAUUGUUGGAAUGAAAAUCCUGAUGCUCGACCGAAUUUCGUGGAACUGUAUAACAUGUUUAAGGAUUUUGCACGUCAACCACAUAUCUAUCUUCAUCCCAGAAAUGAAAGUAGUUCAAAUACCGAAGUGUACAGUAGCACUGGUGACACAAGAAGUCGUACAACAAUCUAUCCAACUACUCGGUUAUCUGGUGAACGUUUUCGACAACCAGACCAAACUGUUCCUUCAUUUCAUUCAAUGAAAAGUAGGAACUCUUGUUCGCCUCUACAAAAUUCAAGUUCGAGUAGUGGGUUAACAAAUCGGCGCUUUGAUAUUGGUAGACGUACACGUACCAGUUUAUUACUACCUCCAACAGUCCUACAAGCUAAUCGUACUGGGAAAUAUCCGCGACAUAAACGACGUAGUGUUGGAGCUCGCACUGACUACACAAUGUCAGCCUCCCUAAGUUUAAACUCUGGGAUUGGUGAGCGUUGGGGCAAUUCAUCUUUCGCUACACACAGUCACCCAACGUUAAUUAAAGUUGAUGAAGCAAACGGGACAGCAAAUAUUAGCCAUAAUUUUAAGAUAAAUAGCAAUACAUCUGGAAAUAACCGAAAUAAUGAACAGUUUAAUGUUGGUCUGUUUCCAACUGAUUCAUGGGCAAGUAGUGGACAACCCUUAUUAUCAAGUGACCAAGAAAGUUCAUUAAGCCAUUUAAUGUUGUCGAAUUUCGGUUACACAAGUAGUGAAAGCAGAAGCAGUAUGACAGUCAACUCCCCUGGCCAACACAAUCGAAAUUUUUCAUUAGCAGGUUCAUCAGUUCCAACGGAAUCAAGAAACUCAGAACAACAAUCUGUAGAUGAAUCUACGUCGAACACACAGAGAAUAGGACUUGACGUGAGAAGUGGUCUUCCAGUCAAUACAUCAUUCGAGGCUGCUGCAGGUUAUGUAUGGCCUCAGUGGCCUGAUGCCAUUCCUAAUCCAGAAAAUAGCAAUUUAGACCAGGCAAAUUCAAGUGAAACUUCUUAUAUCUUGACCGCAAUCGAUUCAGAAUCGGAAAACAAUUUACCGUUCCUUAACCGUCAACUUUGGCUUCGACGUAAUGCUCGUCAGCGGCGUUAUUAUCUUAGACAGUUGCAAAUGCACAGAAGCGUUGCUGACUCCAGUUUGCCAGAACAAGCAGGUGAAGAUGCUAUGGAUGAAACUUCUAGUUGGGCAGAACCCUUGCGAUCAAAUCAGAGUAACCCCAAUGGGCAACAAGAAGACAGUGAUACUGAUCCAGGUUCUGCGGAUAGAUACUGGCCUGAUCCAACAUAUUCUACACAAAACGUGUAGCACUAUACUAGUUUACGUUUUUGUAACUUUACAUCUUUUUAUGACCAAUUUUCUAAUCACAUCUUGAGUUUAAAAUGCCUUUUCUAAUUCAUGAUCUCAUCAGAUACAGCAAACAUAUCAAGUAUCAACAGCUCGAAAUGUGUAAAUACCUCGUCCAUAUUUACUUUCGGUUAAUAUGAAUAUAUUAUAAACUGACUUUGUGCUUCACCUAGCGACUAUAUCAUUUUCGAAACUGAUUGCAUAAAAUUAAAGCCCAUUCUUUCUGUAAAUGUAUCAUCCUGUAUAUUUAGGCUCAUAAUAUUUAUUUAUCAAUCUCCAAAAAAAUCAUGUUUAUGAAGAAUG